UCAUAGAAAGGAUCGUUACGAUCUUCCAAGUUUGAGUCAUGGGAAUCGAAAAAUCGCUUCGGAAUCGAACUCACAUCCGGUGUGGCCCGCAACACUGAUCUUAUGUCCGAGGGGCUCACCGUGCGUUUGAUAUACCACGCGUGUAUCAGAAAUUCCUUUCCUAUUUCUCAUGUGAAUUAUACUUUAACUCAUGUCACCUUCAAUCGACAACGCAAAAUGUGUUCUGGUUACAGGAGCAACGUCUGGAAUCGGACGAGCUUUGGCUUUGGCCAUCGCUUCCCUCCCUAGUCAUCCCAAGGUCAUCGGUGUCGGUAGACGCAAGGAUCGUUUGGUGGGACUCACAGAGGCCGGGAUCGAUGCAGAAAAAUUUGAUGUUAACGCCGAUAAGGCUGCAACGAAGAAUUUUGUUGAGGAGAUGAUUAAGAAAUAUCCAGAGAUCGAUACACUUGUCCUCGCGGCUGGAAUUCAGCGUGAGGUACAUUUCAAGAAGGAAGUCGACCUUGAAGCCAUUGCGACUGAAAUGCAUGUCAACUACUUCUCCAUACUGACUAUAAUCUCGUUCUUUAUGCCUCACCUUUUGGCAAAAUCUGUCUCCGGCCACCCAUGCUUGAUUGCUCCGGUCACGUCAGGACUUGCUUAUGUUCCCGCCCCCUGGAUCGCCAAUUACUCUGCGUCAAAAGCAGCAUUGCACUCCCUAUGUUCUUCACUUCGUGUCCAGCUUGAAGACACCAGCAUCGGCGUCAUCGAGAUCAGCCCUCCCUUGGUUGAGUCGGAGCUUCACGAUGCCGAGGGUACCACGGGAGCAUUGUCCCAAUUCUGGAUGCCGCUCGAAGAAUAUACGAAAGAGACGAUGGAGGGACUUCAAAGGGGUGUUAACGUCGUGUGCAGCGGAAUGUCUAAGAACAUUUAUGAAAAGUUCGAGCAACCCAAAGAACGAAUCAUUACUGAGAUGGCUAAGCGCGCGGCUACUCAUAGCAAGUAAGUGCCUAAUGAUAGCAUGUACUGUGGACAAUGAAGAUAAAUGAUUCUAUCAUCGUUCACCAUUGAUAAAUAUCUUCAAUUGCACCGGAGCUGAGUUAGCUGCAGUGGUAGAGACAGAUAUCCACAACCG